AUACACUGCGCUUCAUCAUCAAGGCUGAAAUAAGGAGACUUGUCUGCACAAACUGUGACGCAGACGAAACCAAACGCGCUCUUUUAUCUACAUUUCUUUUGGAAGGAAUAGUUGACUUUUUUUUUUUAGAGAGAUUGUUGCACUUUUUUUUGCGUUGGUGUUGCACAGGUGUGCCUUUGGACCGUGCAUAAUUUGGGACAGUUUACUAUUGCCAGGAUGCGCGCCUGUCCUAUGCUAGCCUUCCUCUGUCUGCUGUGCGCCGGACGCGCUCAGAAGUUCUCCGCUCUUACGUUCCUGCGGGUGGAUCAGGAUAAGGAGUGCAACAUGGAAUGUAGUGGAGCUCCUCGCAAACCUCUGUGUGCCUCCGACGGCAGGACCUUCACAUCUCGCUGCGAGUUCCUUCGAGCCAAGUGCCGCGACCCCCAGCUUGAGGUCAUCCGAGGGCCAUGCAAAGAUACGUCCAGAUGCGUAGCAGAGAAGAAGUACACCGAACAGCAGGCCAAGAAGCUAUUCCCUCAGGUCUUUGUGCCUGUAUGCAACCCCGAUGGCACAUAUAGUGAGGUUCAAUGUCACAGCUACACUGGAUACUGUUGGUGUGUCACCCCCAAUGGCCGACCUAUCAGUGGCUCAGCAGUGGCCAAUAAAAAGCCUCGAUGCCAAGGAUCAAAACAAGAGAGAGCGACCACACGGGAGCCAGGAAAAGAUGAAACGGGCCUAGUGGUGGAUCCACAACCACCUACAGAUGAAGAAGACAUCAUUUCCCAGUACCCCACUCUGUGGACGGAGCAGGUCCGCAGCCGACAGAACAAUAGAACCAGAGCACCAUCCUCAUCCUGUGACCAAGAACAACAGUCUGCUCAAGAGGAAGCAAGGCAGCACAAGAACGAUGCUGUAUUUGUUCCCGACUGUGCCCAAGGUGGACUGUACAAGCCAGUCCAGUGCCACCCCUCCACCGGCUACUGCUGGUGUGUCCUGGUAGACACGGGACGACCUAUACCUGGCACCUCCACCAGGUAUGAGCAGCCAAAAUGUGACGGCAACGCCAGGGCCCACCCAACCAAACCAAAGGACCACUACAAAAGUCGGCAUCUUCAAGGCUGUCCUGGCGCAAAGAAAACAGAGUUCCUGACAAGUGUUCUUGACGCGCUGUCCACGGACAUGGUGCACGCUGUCACAGAUCCAGCAUCCGCCGGAAAAGUGGUGGAGCCCGACCCCAACCACACCCUCGAGGAAAGGGUGGUCCACUGGUAUUUUGGUCAGCUGGAUAAAAACUCCAGCGGCGACAUCGGGAAAAAGGAAAUCAAGCCAUUCAAACGCUUCCUGCGCAAGAAAUCUAAGCCCAAGAAGUGUGUGAAGAAGUUUGUGGAAUACUGCGAUAUCAGCAACGACAAAGCACUGUCCCUGCAGGAGCUCAUGGGCUGCUUGGGGGUGACCAAGGAAGAAGGGGCCAAAACAGGAGAAGGCUUAUCUUCCAGUAAACUUCAUCCAUCGAAGAAACAAGGCUAAAACAUCAGCUGAGACUCUGCCCUCACCAAUCGGCGAUAACAGAAACAAUAGUAUUUGCACUUUGUACUUUAAUAAAAAUGUAAAUUCACUUUGUAGAAAUAAGGUAUUUAAACAGACUGCUGAAUCUGUGAAUGUUGUAGUUAUUAGCUCCUUGUGUCCUGAUGAUUAAACACAUACAAUGUAUGUGUCCUUUUGAGUUGUAUAAGUUCUUCAUGUUUGAUAUUUCACAUUGUGCUUUUUUUCUCUGUGGACUCUUUUCCGCUUGUGUUGAUAACUCAAAAGGGGAACUGCACUUCAUUUGGAAUUUUGCCUUUCAUUCACAAUCCACGUAUGUUUUUUUUAGUGCAUUCCAACUCACUUCCAGCAAAAGUCCGCUAACAUAGGAGUCAACGGGAUUCGCUCUAUUCCGCCUAUAAAAGGCUCUAAAAACCAUUCAAACAACUCCAUCAUUGUUUUAUAUACAAGGUGUAAGUAUAUAUGUAAUGUAGGGUUGAACGGUAUACCGGUAUUAGUAUAGUACCACGAUACUAAUGAAUCAUUUUUGGUACUAUACGGUCUCUGAAACGUACCGGUCCCGCCGCCCCUGCCUCGCGCCCGCGUCGAAGUCACAUCGUGACAUUGCUGGUUUACGAGCAGUUGAGCAUGUUCGGCAGCACACAAUCACGGAGUACUUACAAGCAGACACAGUGUGUAGACAGAAUAGGGAGAACGGACGCGUUUUGGCUUAAAAACGAAUACUUUAGGACAUGGCUAGCGAGCUAGCGGCUAAAGUCCAGCCCCAGUCGGCAGUGUUUUAGCGACUUCUAAAUCACUAAUCCUCGCCUCCAUGGCAACAAAUAAAGUACAUUUCUUACAAGUAUCAUCCCUGCAGAACGAGGAAUAGCUAAAUAUGCUUCACUACACACCGUAGCUCACCGGCAUCAAAAUGUAAACAAACGCCAUUUAUGUAUCUACACCUAACAUCCACUGUAAUGAUAUCAUGUACAGGCACGUAUCUGGUCAAUACUACUAUGAUUACGUCGAUAUUUUUUGGCAUCACAACAUCUUCUUUCGUUUUUUAAAAUGUAUAUUAUGUUUAUAAACUCAGGAAAUAUGUCCCUGGACACAUGAGGACUGAAUACGACCAAUGUAUGAUCCUGUAACGACUUGGUAUCGGAUUGAUACCCAAAUUUGUGGUAUCAUCCAAAACUAAUGUAAAGUAUCAAACAACAGAAGAAUAAGAGAUUAUUACAUUUUAACAUAAGUGUAGACAGAACAUGUUAAAAGAGAAAGUAAGCAGAUAUUAACAGUAAACGAACAAGUAGAUUAAUAAUUGUCUACCACUUGUCCUUAAUAAUGUUGACAAAAUAAUAGAAUGAUAAACGAUACAAUAUGUUACUGCAUACGUCAGCAGACUAAUUGAUAGCCUUUUUUUGCUUGCUUACUACUAAAAGACAAAUUGUCUGGUAUGUUCACUAUUUUAUUUAAGGACUUAACUGCAAUAAGAAACAUAUGUUUAAUGUAUCCUAAGAUUUUUUGUUAAAAUAAAGCCAAUAAUGCAUUUUUUUUGUGGUCCCCUUUAUUUAGAAAAGUAUCGAAAUAAUUUUAGUACCAAAAUAUUGGUAUUGUUACAACACUAAUGUAAUGUAGUAACAGGCACAUUCGUAAUUACAUGUAAUAUUUACAUAUUUUUUUAAUCAUUUUAAUCAUAUACAUUUCACAGACGCAUCACAAUGUUCGUUUUUUUCCUUCAACAACAACACUACUACUUACGUCAGACUCGUGAGAAACAAUAAAGACUACUUUGGAACAAAUGAUGAUCCAGAACCUUAUAUUAUUAAGCCUAAAUAUAAGGAGGAGGAUUCAUAAGUUUUAGAAGCUGUUUGCUAAACAGAUCCGGAUUUAGUGAAACAGGCAUCACGUAGCGCUAUUGCUAAGUGCUAAACAAGAAAAACAAACUAUCAACAUGAUAAAACGAUCACCUACUGUACAACAUCUGCUUUCACUGGGAUCCCGGCUGAUAGGCUGUUCUUGUAUUCUCCUUUAGAUGAAGAAGUAAUCAUGAUCCACACGAAGGGUAAAAAAAAAAAAGAAAUACCGCAGAAGAACGUUUUUUCGUUUUAUUCUCUCCAUCGCUAGAUAAUAGUUGGAUGUCACAGAUGAACAACUUCUGGUUUUAUGACCACAUUUUUUUCGGCGAGAGGCAUGAUUUAUAAUCUACAAUGAACUUAGAGGCAAUCAUGAUGCAUCAGCUCAGUAUGUCAAUAUCUCAACACUGUAUCUGCACAAGCUAGCGACCGCUCUGUGAUCACAGCCCUGCUAAAAACAGUUUGCCUGCGUUAGCGCUUAUUAUAAUAAUAUCGCUAAUAUUUGGUUAAAAUCAGGUCACGAGAGUGAUUAAAAGGCAUAAUGGAUUACUCCCAUUAUCUGCAUUGCGAGCCACCUAGAACGAACCGAUUAUUACAAAUUAG